AUGCCAUCAGAUAAACAUUGUUGUGUUCCCGGGUGUACAGAAAAUCAAGGCAGGAAGCAAGUGCUGCAUCAAUUUCCAAAUCCAAUUAAGGAACGAGAAUGUUUCAAUAAAUGGGUGUAUGUAUCUAUGCCAACGUUGUAUAUGCCAGGACCAUUGACCCUUCCAAACUACACUUUUAGUGAAAGAAAACCUAUGAAUCUCAUCCAGUCUUAUGAUGAUAAUAUUCUAAAACCAUCAACAUCAACGGAUUGUCAAAAAUUGACUCCUUCAUGUAUGAAAAUGAGCAUGCUAGAAGAUACCUUACGAAAGGAAAAUAUUGAUCCAUCAGUCGAGGCAAACAUUUCACAUCCAAAUAUUUCUACGAUUGGCAAUGUACUGUCUCCAUGUGCCAUUGAAAAAAAAUGA